CUGAGACCAAGAGAGACCCCCCCCCCCCACUAAACAACAACAACCACCACCACCACCAUCAUCCUCCUGCAGCAGCAGCUGAGACCAAGAGAAACCCCCCCCACUAACCACCACCAUCAUCCUCCUGCAGCAGCAGCAGAGAUCCCUCCCCCUCCUCCCCACUAACCACUAACCACCACCCACCACCACCCACCUAUCCACCACCACCACCCACCUAUCCACCACCACCCACACCCACCCACCACCACCACCCACCCACCCACCACCACCUUCCACCUAUCCACCACCCACCCUCCUCUCGACCCGGGCCCCACAGUAAACGCCGCCGCGUCACCCUCCAGCCGAGCUCAGCUUUCGUCAGUCGGCCUUCUGCCGCCGUUGUUGGGACGGCGAAACAACAACAACAACAACAGCCAACAACAACAACAGCAGCCAACAACAACAACAGCAGCCAACAACAACAACAGCGGCGGUGGUGGUGGGAGUGAUCGCUCAUGCCGCCUUACUGAUCGCUCCCUCCUCCUCUCUCGCUUGUCAGCCCGUGGUGGCGCUGCGGCUGCUGCUGUUGUUGCUUCUUCUUCCUCAUCAUCAUCAUCCUCCUGCCGCUGUUCGCACCCCGCCCUACCGACUGCCUCUGUCACCACCAUCAUCACUACCACUACCAUCACCACCAUCACCGACUGCCGCUGUUACCAUCACCGCCACCACCAUUAAUCUGACAGCAACAAUUCACCAUCACCAUCACAACCACUACCACCAUCACCACCACCAUCACUACCAUCACCACCACUACGGACUGCCUCUGUCACUACCACCAUCACCACCACCACUACCGACUGCCUCUGUCACCACCAUCACCACCAACGACUGCCGCUGUUACCAUCACCGCCACCACCAUUAAUCUGACACCACAAUUCAGCAUCACCAUCACCACUACCACCAUCACCACUACGGACUGCCGCUGUCACCACCACCAUCACCACUACGGACUGUCACCAUCACCACCACUACCAUCACCACCACCGACUGCCGCUGUCACCACCACCACUACGGACUGUCACCACCACCACCGCCACCACCACCGCCCCUACCGACGCCGCGGGUUGACCGGGGUGGUCUGACAAAGGCCGGCGGAGGGAGGGAGGGAGGAGGAGGUUUGGUGGCGGUGGUCGCGGAGAGAAGGAGGAGGAGUGGGACAAGACGGGUCCAAGUUGCGCGUCUCUCUCUCUCUCUGCUGAAGAAGAAGAAGCUCCGGCAGCCAUCCACGACGACAACAACAACAACGACAACAACAACAACCACCACCCCACAGACGCAGACGCCACGAGGAGGAGGAGGCCGGGCUGAGUCGUAAUGGCGGCGGCGGAGGCAGUGGAGCUCGCCCUGAGCGACGCCGCCCGUGCUGUUGCUGCUGCUGGCGGUGAGGAUGGUGGGUUCAAUGAGAAGAAAUCCAGCACAGAGAAUACUACAGCCACAGGACCUGGUGCCAAGAAGAUCGGUCACAGAGGGGUGGACGCUUCUGGAGAAACCACUUACAAAAAGACCACAUCGUCAGCCCUGCGAGGAGCAAUCGAGCUGGGCAUUGGCUACACGGUGGGCAACCUGAGCUCCAAGCCCGAGCGAGACGUCCUCAUGCAAGACUUUUACGUAGUGGAGAGCAUAUUUUUCCCAAGCGAAGGAAGUAAUUUGACGCCCGCUCACCACUACUCCGACUUCAGAUUCAAGACCUACGCGCCGGUGGCUUUCAGAUACUUCCGUGAACUGUUCGGGAUCAGACCCGAUGAUUAUUUAUACUCGCUGUGCAGUGAGCCGCUUAUCGAGCUCACAAACCCGGGCGCCAGCGGCUCCGUGUUCUUUGUUACAAGCGAUGAUGAGUUCAUCAUCAAAACGGUUAUGCACAAGGAGGCGGAAUUCUUGCAGAAGCUGCUUCCUGGAUACUACAUGAAUUUGAACCAGAACGUGAGGACACUACUGCCCAAGUUUUACGGCCUGUACUGUGUUCAGUCGGGAGGCAAGAACAUCAGGCUGGUGGUGAUGAACAACCUGUUGCCACGCGCAAUGAAGAUGCACAUCAAGUUCGACCUGAAGGGCUCCACGUACAAGCGCCGUGCGUCGCGAAAGGAGCGCGAGAAAUCGAACCCCACAUUCAAGGACCUCGAUUUCAUUCAGGACCAUCCCGAUGGACUGCUCCUUGACUCGGACACAUACAGCGCCAUGUCGAAGACCUUACAGCGCGACUGUUUGGUCCUGGAGAGCUUCAAGAUCAUGGACUACAGCCUCCUGAUCGGUGUCCACAACCUCGACCAGGCGCAGAGGGAGCGCGACGCCGAGGGGCUGGUGAUGCCGGGAUUCGGCUUGGGGGCCUUGGACCCGCGCAGGCCCCCGGGGCAGAAGGCCCUCUACUCCACCGCCAUGGAAUCCAUCCAGGCCGAGUCGCGCACGGGAGCCACCACGCACCAAACGGAGGACUGCAUGGGAGGAGUUCCAGCCAAGAACAGCAAAGGGGAACGACUUGUCCUUUACUUGGGCAUCAUCGACAUCCUUCAGUCUUACAGGUUGAUCAAGAAGCUGGAACAUUCAUGGAAAGCAUUGGUGCACGAUGGGGACACCGUUUCGGUGCACAGACCAAGUUUUUACGCCGAACGGUUUUUGAAGUUUAUGUGCAAUCAAGUCUUUAGGAAAACUCCAUCGCUGAAGUCGUCGCCGUCCAAGAAGGGGCGUGGCGGCACCGGCCCUCCGCGGCGGCAGACAACUGUGACCACGGCGACCUCCAUCACCGCCAGCCAGCCGCUGGACGAGAAGGAAGACAAAUACUUUCGUGGGGCCUCCAGUCUUCCCAACCUGGACGAUGAAGGUCUGCCACAUGGUCGACCGGACAUUCUGCCCAGCACCCCUCCAUCGCUGGAGGAUGCCACCACUGCCUCCAUCGCCACCACUCUGUCCUCCACGUCGCUGUCGGCCAGCGAGCAUUUCCCAGUGGAGAUCGCGCCCACACACCCUGCCAACCGACGAGUGGUGAUGCCGGAGGAGGUGGAGGUGACGAUCGAGAGCGGAGCGGAGCCCGAGAGUGCAGACCCCCCCGGCGCGGCCAGCUACAGGCCCCAUCUGUUAAGGGGGGCCCCCUCCGCCACCCCCCCACCCGACGGACAGGAUAGCGACAUCUCCGAGGUUUACUUUUUUUCUCAUGGAAAGCAGUGGAUUUGCUCUCCUCUGUUGCGCAGAGCGGUCUCUUAUAAUCAGAGUAAAGCACUUGAAUGUUGUGAAAGCGAUGGCUGCCUCUGGUACAGAGGAACAUAGAAGUGAACUGGAUGAAGAGGAAAAGUGCGAAAUCUUGCGGUGAAGGAUGGAACACAACUGUCAUGCUUGUAAAAAAAUGUUUCACAUUUGUGGGAAAUGCAUAAUUUGGAGUCAUUCUAUGAUCGUUUAAAGAACUAUUCUUGAACGCAGUAUUUGAGAGGGGGAAAGAAAAUUGUAGUAAAUACUGAACCUUUUCUUAUACGAAUGGAACUAUGGGUCUUAUACAGAUAUUUUAAUUGUUUCAGCUCUCGAGCAAUGAUUACAAAGUCUGGAUCAUUAUUGUUAGACUUAUAUUUAUGUUGACAGGAUGCAAUUGGUAUUUCUUUGCCCAGGGAUGGUUAUAUAUUUAUGAACAUCUCAUUAAAACAAACUUUUCAUAGGCUGCUUAACUCCUUAGUAACUUUGGCUUUGUCUAUAUUAGACCAACAGUUUUUAUUAUCGGAUGCCCAGUUUAGUUUUAAACAUAGCUUCGCGUGAAUGUUCUCGUAAUCAUCAAUGCCUAGAGCUGUGUCAUCACCGAUGGUUGUUCUACCCUCGUUCCUUCUGCUGCCCUUGAGAUGGCCAUCUGUUCAAGGUCACCUGCUGCAUAGUGCUGCUGUUCACGCAGCGGGCUAUCCCAGGUUUGUCUUAUAGUGGUGUAAUUCUGAUAUUUUCAUCUGUAAAUAAAAGUCACAAACAAUG